AAACAAUCAUCCAUAGGGAUGUGAAGUCUACAAACAUCCUCUUGGACGAUCGAUGGGUGGCGAAGGUGUCGGAUUUUGGGUUAUCCAAGACUGGCCCUACUCUGAAUCAAACUCACAUUAGCACAAUGGUGAAGGGGAGUUUCGGGUACCUGGAUCCGGAGUACUUCAGGAGACAACAACUCACAGACAAGUCCGACGUCUACUCCUUCGGUGUGGUCCUCUUUGAAGUUCUAUCCGGUAGGCCGGCGCUAGACUGCGAGCAUGUCAACCUAGUGGACUGGGCAUUCCAAUGCCACGCAAAGGGGAUGGUUGAGACCCUGGUUGACCCCUAUAUAAGAGUGGAGAUUACGCCAGAGUGCUUGAAGAACUUUGUCGAAACUGCGUUGAGUUGCGUGUCCGAACAAGGAAUCCACCGGCCAUCGAUGGGGUCUGUCCUGUGGAACCUCGAACUCUCUUUGCAGAUGCAGAUCGACCCGGACAGCCCCAAAGUGGUGGCAGAACAGAAGGUCAACAACGCUCAUGCCACACAUGUCGGGUUAGUGAGCAUUGAAGAGGAGAACGAUGUUGAGGAUGAGUCUCAAGAUGCAAUAUUUUCUCAAAUAGUGAAUCCCCAAGGGAGAUAGCUAGCUUUUAGCUAAUUGGUGAAUGAAAACGGGUGAAUGAAGCAAACAUGCAUUAAAAAAAGACAAAAGAGUGUAUUAGAAAAAAAAACUACACGAUUUUCAAACGGAGAAGUACAUACCCACAUAAGUAAGGCCAAGUGCAAGUGAAUAAUAUGCGGAGUAUACAUUUCUUGACAUACCAAAACUCAGACUUGACAAUAAGUAAUGCGGUUAUAAGCUACAUACCUUAAAAAAUUAUUUACAUAAAGACGCAAAAUGGUA